GACGACCUGAAUACUCAUGCAUCCACGAAAGGGAUUUAAUUUGUAGUCGAAAAUAUUCCCAGAAAGAAUUUUAGGCCCGGACGCCCUCACGGGGGAGUCCCACCAAACCCUAAGGAAAUAAGUCAUACAACUUUCACAAACUCUUACAGAAAACUGAAAAGAAGGGAAUACACCCCAAUCCCCCUGAGGUCAACAUCACCCCCAAAGACGUUACAAGAAAACUGCAGACAGUAUCCCCCAUGGACAGAGGCGCGAAAAUUCUAAACGAAAAUUUAGCAAAUUAAAUACAAUAAUAUAUUCGAAUGACACUAUAUCAGGAGGAAAAGGGGGCCGUGCUAGGAAUGCAAGGCUGGCCUGACAUUGGAACGUCACUCAAUGCCAUUGAUCAUCUGUCUCUUCCAGCGAAGACGGAUCUCUGCUCAGUCCGUGAUGGGAGAGGGCCGGCGUACUCACUCAGCCACCGGGGGUCACGCCGAGGGAUGGGGCCACACAGGGGGGUCAACAUUUGUCCCUACGUGACCCCCACCGCCGCCUCUCACCGCACGCGCCAGUCACUUCCGCCCGGCGCUCAGCCCCACAAUGCCCCGGGCCUCGGUGUGGCCCCGCCUCCGCAUGCUGGUCCCGCCCCCUGCGCCGAGUCCUCAGACUCGGAUUGGUCUCUGUGGCUUCCGCCUUUUUGGUGGGCGGGGCCGCCGACCACCAGUCGCCACGGCGCGGAGCGGAGGUACCCUCGCUGAACUGCCCGGGGUUUGCGAAGUGCGGGCGGGCAUGGAGAAGGCCGCGGCGGACACUGGCUCGUCGACUGGUGGCGGCGGCCCUGCAGGGUUGCAGACUCUAGAGGUGGAGGUGGCAAAGCUUCUUCCCUUCCUGGCUCCCGGGGCGCGGGCGGACUUGCAGGAGGAGGCAGCGCGGCACGUGCUGGCUCUGACCGGCUCGGGGCCGGGCCGGACGCUGCUGGCCAGCCAGGAGGCACUGCUGCGGGCGCUGGUCGACUUGGCGGCGGCCCCGGCCCCGGCCCCUGCCCGAGACGCAGCCCGCGCCCUGGUCAACCUGGCUGCCGACCCCUGCCUGCACGAGCCGCUGCUGGUGGCCGAGCCUGGGCUGCCUGCCCGCCUACUUGGGCGUGCGUUGGAUCCGCAGUGGCCCUGGGCGGAGGAGGCAGCGGCGGUACUGGCCAACCUCAGCCGCGAGCCGGCGCCGUGUGCCUCGUUGAUGGAGGCGCUGACGGCCGCGGAGCCGGGGGAGUCAGGCCUGGAGCGGCUUGUGCGCGCGCUUUGCACUCCGGGCUACAACGCCCGCGCGCCCUUACAUUACCUGGGGCCAGUGCUCUCCAACCUCAGCCAGCGUCCCGCGGCGCGAGCCUUCUUGCUGGACCCGGACAGGUGCGUGAUCCAGCGGCUGCUGCCCCUUACCCAAUACCCAGACUCUACUGUGCGCAGGGGCGGGGUCGUGGGGACGCUGAGAAACUGCUGCUUCGAGCACCGACACCACGAGUGGUUGCUGGGCCCCAAGGUGGACAUUCUCCCCUUCUUGCUGCUGCCCUUGGCCGGGCCUGAGGAAUUCUCCGAGGAGGAGAUGGAACGGCUGCCUGUGGACCUGCAGUACCUGCCGCCAGACAAGCAACGGGAGCCCGAUGCCGACAUCCGCAAGAUGCUCAUUGAGGCCAUCAUGCUGCUGACAGCCACAGCACAGGGUCGGCAGCAGGUGAGGGACCAGGGAGCCUACCUGAUUCUGCGUGAGCUGCACAGCUGGGAGCCUGAGUCCGAUGUGCGGGUGACUUGUGAGAAACUGAUCCAGGUGCUCAUUGGGGAUGAGCCAGAGCAUGGCAUGGAAAACCUGCUGGAGGUGCAGGUGCCUGAGGAUGUGGAGUGCCAGCUGCAGCGGCUGGACCGCCAGGAGCAGGAGCAGUGCCAGCGAGAGCAGCAGGAGUGGGAGCUGGCUCCGGAGCCACAGGCGGAAGGAGAUGCACCCACCUGAGGUCCCUGCAGCCCCAGCACACCUUUACUAGCCCAUCGGCCCUGGCCUCCCAGACCAGGCCUUCCUGCAGUUGCCUCCAGGCCUCUGGGUUACCUUGCUGGAAGACUGUGUCCUGCUGAGAAGAAGCAGAGCUACACUUAAGCUCUGGGUUCAUGCUGAGGGCUCUAGGGCUAAUGCCCUUAAACAUGGGAGGGUUGAGGGCACCUCCCUGUGCCCUGUUGCUUCCAGCAACGUUGCAGCUUGUUCAGAAGAGCACUGUUCAGUCCCAGCUGGCCAGGCCCUGGGGCUCGGCCAGUGGAGCCGUGAGGCACUUCUCAAGCAUGGUGGCGGGGCCCGACAGGAAAUUCGCAAACUGGAGUGACCACUAGAGCUUUCCAGUCCCAGGAGUGCUACAAGGGUCUGAGCCCAGGCACGCACCCGGUGCCAGCACUGCCCCUCCUGCCAGUCCCCCCAAGUCCCUCCAUCUGGGCCCUCGGCUUACCCUCAGCCUCAGUGGGCCGACCCCUUGAGACCUUCACUAUCUGCAGCCUGUCCUGGGGGUCUCCUAGAGCUGCACCCCUCCCAGCCUGCCCUUGGAGCACUGGCUGGGUGCUGCCUCCCCUUCAUCCUCCGCUUUCCCACUUGACCUGUGCCCUGGCUCUGCCUGCACCCCUUGUCUGCACUAGACCCUGGUUCUCCGCAGCGCCACGUGUGGUCCCCCUAACUCUGCGGCACCCAAGCUGCCACUGGCAGGCUGUCUGUGUGGCCCCACCCCCUGUGCUCCUUGCCUGGGCCCCCCACCAAACCUAGUGCCGUCUUUGGUGCAGGGCCUGAGUGUUGGCCUCCCCCCAGGACCUGUGCUGUAGUGCAGGUUGGCUCCCCAGGGGUUCCCAGUGCCCCUGUUCUUUGUCCUCUGCCCUGUUCCCAAAGUUGGAGGUCUGCUCACUUGUGCUGUCCCAUGGAGGCUGGGUGCUCCAUGGGUGCUCUGCAUCUCCCUCCACAGCCCCCCCCCCCGCCCCGCCCCAUUAAAGCUCUGGCAUGGAGGUGUGUGGACUCAUCUUCCUUGGUGGUUCAGGAGCAUCCCCAGUUUCCCCAGUGCUGGUGGGUUCAAACCUCUGACUCCACAGAAUAAACGGUUUAUCUGACCUCCACUCGGCGCACCCGCCUGCCCUCAGUUGACCUGGUAGAGCCCCAGCACAUUCUGGGUGGUGCUCCUGGAGCACAGCGGAGGAGGCUGCCGUGAGGCGCCCACGCCCAGGUUGGCCAUCGUGAUGCUUUGGAGACCCAGCCUGGCAGAGCCCCCACCUCUGCUCCGGCUGGCAUCUGGGGGCUCUGGCGCUGGGCCAGAGGUGCUCUUGGGGGUUCCCAGCUGCUGGGGGCGACGCAGCUGCAGGAGUGACCUUGGUGGCUCUGAGUCCUCUCUGGGCUCCCCUGGAUUCUCUACUGUGGAUCGCAUUGGGGGUUCAGUCUGGGCACUUGGGGAGAGCCCACUUCCCCACCCCCAGGGCCCUGCCCCACCUGGCGAGGUGCUGAGCAUGGUGCAGAAGGGCGCAUGCCCAGUGGGCCGCGUCCAGCGGUGCCUGGCUGCCUGCUGCAGGUCCAGGCGCGCAUGCGGGCGCAGCUGGAGCAGGGCCCGGAUCAGGUCCUGGCACUCUGCGGGCGGAGGACUCAAUGGCUGCAGCCAGUCCCCCCUCCACCUG